AUGAAGCACUUCUCCAGCGAGCCCUGGGCAGCCUUUGCUGUGCUCUUCUUCGCCACUGUGCUCCGGUAUUCCUGCUCAGCAGCAGCUGAAGACAUCUCCAAUGUUUCAACAAGCUCCAUGCUCACAACUGAGUACGAAGCACCAUGUCUUAACAUGAACUUCUGCACGCAAGCGGCCAUGUGCUGCCCGACAAGCGUGGACGAUUAUGGAUGGAUUGCAGCGGCCGUCGGCUGGAGCCUCUGGUUUCUGACUCUCAUCCUGCUCUGCGUGGACAAGGUCAUGAAACUCCGGCCUGAUGAACCCAAAUAUUUGGUGGCCUGA